AUGGCGUACAACAAAGCCUACAACCCGGAUGCGCUCCCGGCGCAUGCGGAGCCUGAACAGGCAGCCCAAAUGAUCGGUGCCAUGCAUAUUAAGACUUCGAAUCAACAGCAACGUCCGCAUCAACCAAAGAUUACCUCGCCUGGCGGCAUUCCUCCUCACUCCACUCCUUCUCCUCACCCCUACGGGCAACGGCAGCCCUCAGGACCCCCGCGAGCAGCGUUGGAUCGACCACUACCCACUGUGCCCGCUCAACAACGCCCUGGGCCCGGUGGCCUCUUACACCCAUCUCCUCCCCCUCAGAACUAUGGCUUCGGACCACCGCCGUCUCAGCCGGUGCGCAACCGCCCCCCUCCCUCGUCGCGCCCUCCCCAGACCCCGCAACCUCCGCCUAUGCCCGCCAACGACGAUCCACAACAAUUGUUCCCAUUGUUCCGCGCCGCUAAUUCCUCAAAUUCCGGUGCGCUGACCGAGCAGGAGCUGGGCUCUGCUCUGGUGAACGGCGACUAUACCUCGUUCCACCCCAAGACCGUGAAGAUGAUGAUAAGCAUGUUUGACCGCAACAGGAGCGGAUCGAUCUCGUUUGACGAAUUCGUGUCGUUGUGGCGGUACCUAGCAGCGUGGCGGGAGUUAUUUGACCGGUUUGAUGAAGACCGAAGUGGCCGCAUCAGUCUGCGGGAGUUUGAGAAUGCGUUGGUUGCGUUCGGAUACCGUCUCAGCCAGCCAUUUGUGACGGUCCUCUUUACUGCCUUUGAGAGUAAAGGGCGGGUGGUCAGCGGGACAGGACCGCCGCCGACAGGGAUGAGCUUUGAUUUGUUUGUUCAGGCAUGCAUUAGCCUCAGGCGUAUGACCGAUGUUUUCAAGCGGUAUGAUGAUGAUCGUGAUGGGUAUAUCACGUUGAGUUUCGAAGAGUUCCUCACAGAGAUACUUCAAUUACAGGACUAA